AUGCCGUCCGAGGUGCCCGACCCUGCGGAACUCACAUCCUCCAUACCAAGGCACGACAACACGUCUGAGACUGGCAAACGUCAACGCCAACCAUCACAAUCCUCACAAAGCCCCGGCCAACAGCCAGGUGAUGAGACCCCAAGCAUGAGAGGCCGCGAUACAUUGAUCCGCCCCCAAGGACUCCGUGGCUCCUCCCGAGACACUGCUGAUAUGUAUCGUUCUUCGACGCCUCCCGAGCGCUCCAAUUCAGGCUCGAUCAAAUACACACGCACAGGCCGAGUCAGCAAGGCGACCAAGGGCCAGCGUAUUCACCACUGCGAAGAGUGCGGCAAGACUUAUACCCGCGCUGAGCACUUGAGGCGCCACCAGCAGAACCACAAACCUGGUGCUUACCCUUGUGACUGGCCUAGUUGCGGCAGAUCUUUCUAUCGGGAAGACCUCUUGGUGCGCCAUAAAGCACGACAUAACGACCCUCUCAAUCCGCCGAGUCGACGUCAGUCCAUUGGAAGUCGGAGUUCUUCAGCGGAGUUCGGCCGUCUUCUGCCAGGCUCUUCGCAAGCAAGCGACUCGCUGCGCGCCACAACAGAGACUUCUGUCGUUGCUCCAGAUCUGCAACAAGAGACUUCAGGCAGUGUGCCUCAUCAAUCGAGCUCAGCCUCAAGGACCCCAAAGCGGGUGCCCAUACCGCCAAACGAGCUUCGUUCAGGCGUACCCCUGACGACUAACGGCCCCGAGGGAUUCGGAUCAUUCACCAACCCUUGGGAACCGACCCCUCCCCUGUCACCCACGGGAUACAAUUACGACUACGAGUCUAGCGACGAGGCUGCUGAUGUCUUCUUCUACCAGCCACAGAUGGCACGCGCAAGGAACUUCUCUGACACUUCGUUCCUUGGCUAUGGUCAACCUUAUAGUACCUCGAGGUCGCCUGUCUCAGUCGGCUCUUCGACACAGAUCCAACGAUGGUCAAGCCAACCUGUAUGCGAGACACAGUAUUUCCCUGAUGCAGGCUCGCUCGUGGGUAGCCUUGGAUACCCUACACCGGAAUACACAGCAGACCUAGCCUGCUGUGACCCGCACUCCGCGACUGCAGAGGUUAGAGACCUUAUGGAACACAGUGAACUGAACAUGCUGGACAUCUUGCUCGGGUGUCGCCAAGGAAACGAGGAUAUCACACCUUACCCGAUGCACCAGCAAUACCUUGCAGCCUACUGGAGCCAGGUGCACGAGCUGUUUCCCAUCAUACACAAGCCCACCUUUGAUCACGACGCGGCAAAUCCUUUGCUACGCGCAGCGAUACUGGCCCUUGGCGGACAAGCGUCAGGACACAGGACCGACUUAUCCAAUGCCCGCACAAUCCACGAGAAAUGUGUCAAAGUACUUAAACAGAGGAUGAUCUCCGAAGCUCACGCCUACCGUGUCUGCGAUAUGCAGGCUAUCGUGCUAGUGGAGGUUUUCUCUCUUUUCAAGUCACGACGUCCCCCGCUGAGGUUGUCGAAGCAUUUCGAGAAUGUGUACAGCCUAUUGUCGAACGACACUGUUGCCUUCAUGUCCUCGCCGUCGCCAGAGAUGCUAGUAGCCGGCAGCUUCAGCGAUGAAUUGUUCACCGAAACAGCCUGUAGACAGCGCUUGUUACUGGUUUGCUACGUGCUGGAGCAGCAGUAUAGCACUUUCUUCGGCCGACAGCCAACGACCUGCUUCAACAACACUGUUCUGAACUUGCCAUAUCCUACAUCUCAGAACGAGUGGGACGCAGUUGCUGGCAUGCCGCCUAGCGGGCAAUACGAGCGAACGUCACAAGCGUUGCAGGACCUCCAGUUCAUACCUGAGCCCAUGGGAGAGCACGUGGAUCCAUUCAGAUCGAUGCUCCUCAUGGCUUGCCGCUUUGACGCACCAAAGGAUCUAAACGGUUGGGCUGACUGCUGCGAAGACUUCCCUAUCGCACUUACGGCCAACUUGACACCUCGUGUGCGAUUAGCAUACCAUACGUUCGUGCUCUGCAGCAACACGCCGAUCAGAGACUUGCUUGCUGUCGCAGGCGAGAGCUGGAUACUUGCCGAAAAACUCGGCACGCAAGCCGAGUACACAGCAGCACAGAUCGAAGCCAGGCAGUGGGCAGCCAGGCCUUUCAGCUAUGGUGAACAGCCUCCCGUUCAGGAAGCGCUGAACCACGCCUUCGCCAUAUUAUCAGUUCAUCAAGAUUUCCCGAAGACUGGCCUUCUCUUCCAGGAGUGGGCCACCUAUCUCGCGGCACUUGUCAUCUGGGCACGAGUCCAUGCCACCAAGAUCGAGGAGGUCCAGCCACGACUCUCAAUUCCUACUCCAAACGUUCCUCAGGUACCGCUAGAGGCACUCGACUCAGCUGCGGCAGGCCUGAUCCUCAACGCAAGUACUAUCGGCAUGAAAUGGAACGAUGUACUGAACAUUCUCCUUUGGACGAGAUCGAAGAUACAAAAGCAGGACCCGCACAACUGCGGCCUUAACAGUGGCGCAGUUGAUGUUCUCGGCACAAUCAUCGCGAGAGGGAACGAGCGUGGGUGGUUCUAA